AUGGCCGGAGGCGGAGGGCGGGUGAUAAGGGUACUAAAUGUGGCUGAAAAGCCGUCGGUGGCCAAGGCAGUGUCGGGGAUACUAUCGAAGAACCAACCAGGUGGCAUUAGAGUAAGAGACGGACGUUCCAGGUACAACAAAAUCUUUGAGUUCAACUACACCAUUCGGAACCAGCCUUGCCAGAUGCUGUUCACAUCUGUCACGGGACAUCUCAUGGAGAUUGAGUUUCACGAGCGUUACCGGAAAUGGCACUCGUGUGACCCGCUCGACCUCUAUAAUGCGCCUGUUCGGAAGUUUGUCCCUGAGGAUAAGUUGGAUAUCAAAAGGACACUGGAGGCAGAAGCCAGAAGUUGUCAGUGGAUUAUAUUGUGGCUCGAUUGUGAUAGAGAAGGAGAAAAUAUUGCAUUUGAAGUGUUGGAUGUAUGUAGACAAGCGAAUCAUAACCUUACUGUGUGGAGAGCUCGGUUCUCUGCCUUAAUUGACAGGGAAAUUCACCAAUCAGUGCAGACCCUUGUUCAGCCAAAUCAGUUAUUUUCUGAUGCUGUAGAUGUUCGGCAAGAGAUUGAUCUUCGUAUUGGUGCUUCUUUCACAAGAUUUCAGACAAUGCUUCUGAGAGGUGCAUUUGUCCUUGAUUUUGCUACAGAUGAUAGAAAUCUUGUCUUGAGCUAUGGUCCCUGCCAGUUCCCUACACUUGGCUUUGUUGUGGAGCGGUAUUGGGAGAUACAAGCACAUGAACCUGAAGAAUUUUGGACAAUUAACUGUACUCACAACUCGGAUGAAGGCACUGCUACCUUUAACUGGAUGCGUGGUCAUCUGUUUGAUUACACAUGUGGAGUAAUGAUUUAUGAGAUGUGCAUCCAGGAACCCAUUGCAACUGUUACCAAGGUCAAACAACAGGAGAAACUCAAAUACCCCCCUCAUCCUUUAAGUACAAUUGAGCUUGAAAAGCGUGCAUCCAGAUACUUCCGUAUGAGUUCCGAGCAGACAAUGAAGGUGGCAGAAGAUUUAUAUCAAAAUGGUUUUAUCAGUUAUCCUCGCACAGAAACUGAUUGCUUCUCGGAUAAGACCGACUUGCGUACAAUGGUGCAAGAACAAGAAGGUCAUCCUGUAUGGGGCACAUAUGCGCAGCGCCUACUAGAUCCUCAAUCAGGACUCUGGAGAAACCCUAGUGGAGGUGGGCAUGAUGACAAAGCCCAUCCUCCUAUUCAUCCAACUAAAUUUUCUGCUGGCGAAACCAGAUGGAGCCAGGAUCACCAUAGAGUGUAUGAGUUGGUUGUUCGCCAUUUUUUGGCCUGUGUUUCUCAACCAGCUGUUGGGGCUGAAACAAUAGUUGAGAUUGAUAUUGCUGGUGAAUCCUUUUCUGCAUGUGGGAGAGUGAUACUUGCAAAAAACUACCUUGAUGUAUACCGCUUUGAAUCAUGGGGAGGUUCAGUGAUCCCCACAUACAGUUUCGGCCAACAGUUUACUCCAACUACUUUGACACUUGAUUCAGGAGUUACAAGACCUCCUCCCCUUUUAAGUGAGGCUGAUCUAUUGGGUUGUAUGGACAAGGCUGGCAUUGGAACAGAUGCAACAAUGCAUGAUCAUAUAAAGAAACUACUUGAUCGAUUUUAUGCAAUUAAGGACUCAAACACUCGAUUCUCGCCAACUAAACUAGGGGAAGCACUAGUAAUGGGAUAUGAUGAUAUGGGUUAUGAACUAUGGAAACCAUAUCUCCGGGCUAUGAUGGAAUGCGAUAUGAAAGCCGUUAGCACUGGAACCAAGAGAAAGGCUGAGGUUCUAGAAACUUGCUUGCAGCAGAUGAAAGCUUGCUUUUCAGAUGCCAGAACAAACAAAGGAAAGCUCCUUGAAGCCAUGGCUAUCUUCUUUGAAAGAUCAAACAGAUCCAGCAGUGGCGAGCAACAAGCAGUUGGAGCUGUUGUUCGGAGAUGUGGACUUUGUCUAGAGUCAGAUAUGGUGCUCAGACAAAAGCCGGACGGUAACUUCAUGGUUGGUUGCUUGGGUUACCCACAAUGCAGAAAUGUUGUCUGGCUACCUGGAUCUGUCUCAGAAGCUUCUGUUACCGAGAAUACAUGCAUUACCUGCAGUCCAGGACCUGUUUUCAAGAUUCAGUUUAAAUUUCGACAACAGGAAAUACCGCCAGAUUACAGUGUUCAACAUUUAGGUUGCAUUGGUGGCUGUGAUGAUAUUCUUAGGCAGCUUGUAGAAAUUUGCGGAACUGGUUCUCGCAAUAGUUCCAACACUUCAGGCAGAGGACGUGGGAACCCUACAGCAUCCAGCAGUGCACAAAGAGACAAUUCCAGAGCACAAAUUUCUUGUGCAUACUGCAGGCAAACAGGGCAUUUGUCGAAUGAUUGUCCUUCACAGGCUUCUCGUGGUCGCACUGCUCGGGCUCAGGAAGUUGACAAUGGAGAAUCUUCAAUCCCUUGUAAUUCGUGUGGAGCGCCUUGCAUUUUGCGCACUGCCAAUACUGCCAACAACAGGGGAAGAAAGUUCUUUUCAUGUCAAUCAUCGGAGUGCAACUUUUUCGUAUGGGAAGAUAAUCUCAGUGGAGGAAGAGCAGAGCGUGCAAAUACUUCUGCAUCCACUAGCAGCGGAAGAGGUGGCCGUGGUCGUGGUCGUGGCUGUGGCCAGAGUGGUGCGCAUUCCAGUAACGUGUCAUUUGUGUCAGCAACAGGUGAACCAAUAACUGGCAGAUGUUUCAUCUGCGGUGAUCCAGGUCAUUUUGCUAAUGUUUGCCCACGUCGUGGUUGAUGAAUUUCGAACUCUUUUGCAUUGAAGGUGUUUGCUUUGAAUGGGCUACUCUUUAACUACCAGAAGUAAUUUCUUUUUAUGGUACCCAUUGUGUGUGCUUGGUCACUGCAAUGUUCCUGGCAAGGGAGAUGAUGCACUCAGUCAUUAAUUUAUAUUCUCUUCUAAAUAGGAUGUGAACAUAAUGCCCAUUCAUUGUUCAGAAUAUAUAUAUCUGUUUGUUUCGAGCUGGCGUGCAAAUAGAAUUUCAUUUGUUUA